AUGACUUCCCUCCUCAAGUGGGCCAGGACCGCUAUAAGAAGUGGCCACUCGCCUGUGCUUCGGUUUCCAACAGGUGGGUUUGAAGUAAUCAAGCCGUCAAACACCUUUGAAGAAGAGCGCUUUGAAGAGUUUAAGAAAGGACGCUACUAUCCUGUGAAUAUCGGUGACAUCUUAGUAUCCAAGUAUCAGGUUGUUGGCAAGCUGGGUUUCGGAACUACUUCAACAGUAUGGCUCGCUCGUGAUCUUGAGGAUCAUCGAUAUGUCACAUUGAAGGUGUACACAGCGGAUGGUACUAGCCAAAGGGAGGUACAGACUUAUAAAUUGUUGAGCCAGGGAGAUAGACGGCACCCGGGCUAUGCCCAUGUGAGGAGUGCAUUAGAUGGAUUCACGAUCCUGCAUCAAGGGAGCAGUUAUCAAGAUAACGAGCAUCAUUGCGUUGUCCAAAAGCCCAUGUGGGGGAGCUUUCGACAUUUAAUGUAUCGCUCCCCGGAGCAUCGGCUUAGCGAAGAUCUUCUUAAAAGCGGACUUAAGCAGAUCUUCCUUGCGCUUGAUUAUCUCCACAACGAAUGCCAGCUUGUUCACACCGACAUCAAGAGCGAUAAUAUUCUCCAGGAGCUCGAAGAGAUGUCAAUACUUGACAGGUUUACCGAUAGCGAGAUGGAGCAUCCCUCGGCGCGGAAAUUAGUUGAUAACAUGCCAGUCUAUGCCUCUCGGCGAUUUGAAUUACCUCCAAAAUUCAGCAGGGCAGUUCUUAGCGAUUUUGGCUCAGCUGUACGGGGUGAUGAGAAGAGGAGCCAUGAUGCUCAGCCCACUAUCUACAGGUCACCAGAAGUCAUGCUAAAAAUUGAGUGGAGCUACUCCAUUGAUAUUUGGAAUGUUGGAACUAUGGUAUGGGAUUUGUUCGAAGGUAAACACAUGUUUACUGGAAUGGACCCAGAUGGCAAGGGUUAUUCCACCCGCAUGCACCUUGCGGAAGUAAUCGGAGUACUGGGUCCUCCUCCUUUGGACUUCCUCAAGCGCGGAGAGCGAAGUUGCGAAUUCUUUACUGAAGAUGGUAUGCCACGCUUGAACCUAACCUGA